UAUGAUGAUGGUUUCUAGCAAAACAUUCUCUUCGCUUCAGUUUUUCACUCUUUUGUACCUCUUUACAGUUACUUUUGCUUCCACUGAUGAAGCAACUGUCCUCUUGAAAUGGAAAGCAACUUUCAAGAACCAGAAUAAUUCCUUAUUGGCUUCAUGGACGCCAAGUUUUAAUGCAUGCACGGACUGGUAUGGAGUUAUAUGCUUUAAUGGGAGGGUAAACACGUUGAAUAUUACAAAUUCUAGUGUCAUUGGUACACUCUAUGCUUUUCCGUUUUCAUCCCUCCCUUUUCUUGAAAAUCUUGAUCUUAGCAUGAACAAUUUCUCUGGCACCAUUCCACCUGAGAUUGGUAAUCUCACUAAUCUCGUCUUUCUUAACUUGAACAUCAAUCAGUUUUCAGGAACAAUCCCACAACAAAUCGGUUCACUAGCCAAGCUUCAGAUCCUCCGUAUAUUUGACAACCAUUUAAAUGGCUCUAUUCCUGAAGAAAUAGGUUACCUAAGGUCUCUUACUAAGCUAUCUUUGGGUAGGAACUUUCUUACUGGUUCCAUUCCAGCUUCAUUGGGGAAUUUGAACAACUUGUCUUUUUUGUUUCUUUAUGAUAAUCACUUUUCUGGCUCUAUUCCUCGAGAGAUAGGUUACCUAAGGUCUCUUACUGAGCUAGAAUUGAGUAGUAACUCGCUUAAUGGCUCUAUUCCUGCAUCAUUGGGGAAUUUGAGCAACUUGUCUAGUUUGCAUCUUGAUGAUAAUCACCUUUCUGGCUCUAUUCCUCGAGAGAUAGGUUACCUAAGGUCUCUUACUUAUCUAUAUUUGGGUAGUAACUCUCUUAAUGGAUCUAUUCCAGCUUCAUUGGGGAAUUUGAGCAACUUGUCUUUUUUGUUUCUUUAUGAUAAUCACUUUUCUGGCUCUAUUCCAGCUUCAUUGGGGAAUUUGAGCAACUUGUCUUUUUUGUUUCUUUUUAAAAAUCACUUUUCUGGCUCUAUUCCAGCUUCAUUGGGGAAUUUGAGCAACUUGUCUAUUUUGUAUCUUUCUGAUAAUCACUUUUUUGGCUCUAUUCCUCAAGAGAUAGGUUACCUAAGGUCUCUUACUGACCUAGAAUUGAGUAUGAACUCUCUUAAUGGCUCUAUUCCAGCUUCAUUGGGGAAUUUGAGCAACUUGUCUUUUUUGGUUCUUUAUGAUAAUCACUUUUCUGGCUCUAUUCCUGCUUCAUUGGGGAAUUUGAGCAACUUGUCUGUUUUGGAUCUUUUUGAUAAUCACUUUUCUGGCUCUAUUCCUGCUUCAUUGGGGAAUCUGAACAACUUGUCUAGUUUGCAUCUUCAUAAUAAUCACCUUUCUGGCUCUAUUCCUGAAGAAAUAGGUUACUUGACGUCUCUUACUUAUCUAUAUUUGGGUAAUAACUCUCUUAAUGGAUCUAUUCCUGCUUCAUUUGGCAAUUUGAGAAAUCUGCAAACUCUGAUUCUCAAAGAUAACAAUCUCACUGAGGAGAUUCCUUCAUCAGUGUGCAAUCUGACAUCACUGGAAGUGUUGUUUAUGUCGAGAAACAAUUUGAUGGGAAAAGUUCCGCAAUGUUUGGGUAAUAUCAGCGGCCUCAAGGUUUUGAUGAUGUCACAUAAUAAUCUCAGCGGAGAGAUCGCUUCAUCAAUUUCCAAUUUAACAUCACUACAAUUUCUAGAUUUGGGCAGAAACAAUCUGGAGGGAGCAAUUCCACAAUGUUUUGGCAAUAUUAGUAGCCUCGGGGUUUUUGAUAUGCAGAAUAACAAACUUUCUGGGACUCUUCCAACAAAUUUUAGCAUUGGAAGUCCACUUAUAAGUCUCAACUUGCAUGGCAAUGAACUCGAGGGGGAAAUUCCUCGGUCUUUGGCCAAUUGCAAAAAUCUGCAAGUUCUUGAUGUCGGAGAAAAUCAUCUCAAUGACACAUUCCCCAUGUGGUUGGGAACUUUGCCAGAGCUGAGAGUUUUAAGGUUGACAUCGAAUAAAUUGCAUGGACCUAUAAGAUCUUCAGGGGCUGAAAUCAUGUUUCCUGAUCUUCAAAUCAUGGAUCUCUCUUACAAUGCCUUCUCGAAAGACUUACCGACGAGUCUGUUUCAACAUUUGGAAGGCAUGAAGACUAUUGAUCAAACAAUGAAGGCACCAAGUUAUAUAGGAGGUGGAGUAUACUACCAAGACUCGGUAGUUGUUGUAACAAAGGGAUUGAAGCUUGAAGUUGUGAAAAUUUUAGCUUUGUACACAAUUAUUGAUCUUUCAAACAAUAAAUUUGAAGGACAUAUUCCUAGUGUUCUAGGAGAUCUCAUAGCUCUUCGGGUAUUGAAUAUGUCUCAUAAUGGAUUGAAAGGUCAUAUACCACCAUCACUUGGAAAUUUAUCUGUAGUGGAAUCAUUGGACCUUUCAUUUAACCGCCUUUUGGGAGAGAUACCACAACAACUUGCUUCUCUUACGUCUCUUGAAUUCUUAAAUCUCUCCCACAAUUAUCUCCAAGGAUGCAUCCCUCAAGGACCCCAAUUUCAUACCUUUGAGAACAGUUCAUUUGAUGGUAAUGAUGGAUUACGUGGAUUCCCCGUUUCAAAAGGUUGUGGCAAUGAUUCUGUGUCAGAGACAAACUAUACAGUGUCUGCGCUAGAAGAUCAAGAAAGAAAUUCUGAAUUUUUCAAUGAUUUUUGGAAAGCAGCUCUGAUGGGCUAUGGCAGUGGAAUAUGUAUUGGAUUAUCCAUAAUAUACAUCAUGUUCUCAACUGGAAAUAUGAAAUGGCUAGCAAGAAUCAUUGAAGAACUGGAACACAAAAUUAACAUGCGAAGGAGAAAGAAGCAGCGAGGUCAAAGGAAUUACAGAAGAAGAAAUAAUCGCUUCUAGACAAGUUACCAGUAAAGAAGAAUUUGAUUUCAGAACUUCAGAUUUUCAGGUGCCAAGAAUAAGAAGAUGUUGGUCUAAUGGAUUUGGUUCUUCCUAUGUUGCAGCUUAUGAUUGUUGGAUUUGAUUUUUAGUUUUACAAGCUUUUCUUAACUAGGGAAAAUGUAAUAUUAUGAAUUUUGAUGAUAUACAAUAAAUGUUGUGUGUAUUGAA